GUGGGUUCCAGCCUGUGCUCAAGUGCUAAUUGAUAGGAAAGGUGACUGGGCCGAUCUUGUACCCAAGCAUGACAAUGCUUCGUUGUUCAGAGUAGAAAGAUUUUAUUCUACGGUGGGAGCCCUGAUGUCUCUACAACUUCGUUCUGCUGUCAUGAAAAGCCUGAAAAAUUGGAUUAACUUUAUGAAGUUGUAUGAGAUUGAGAAGAUUUUGUUUCCAGAGAUGAGAGAAAGCCAAAUGUGUCUUUGUUCUGUCCUCAUAGACGAUGACUCUAUGCAGGCUGCUGUGAAAAGAACUACUGAAAUCUUUCAGAAGAAUAUAAUAGGAGCUGAGAAAUACCUCAAGAGGUAUGAUGAAUUUAAUGGACUUCUUGAUGGGUCAGUUGGGAAGCAUAUUACCAGUUUCAUCAAGAAAAACCCUUCUCUAUUGAUAUUUCAAGAAGAACUUUCGAAGCUGGAGCAGAUGAAGAAAGCAAUCACAGAACAUUGUAAUACUGUACCAUUAUGCUUGAUGUGUUUGGAUUGCUCACCAAUUAAAGAAGAACUUUGUUCUCGAGUUCAGAACUUGAUUCAAAAAGUUAUCGACUUUAAAGUGAAUGAAAAUAGAGAAAACAAUCGAAGGAUUUGUCAGAAGUUUGAUGAAAUGUCAGAAAAGUUGAAUAAAACUCCUGAGACUACAGUCGAACUUGUACAUUUGAUGGAUUACCUCAAAGAGUGCACGGAUCAGAUAAUAUAUGAGUUGAAGGAGGAUAUUGGCUUCGCUGCUCAACGUGUCCAGUUUCUUAUGGAGUAUGCCAAGUUACCAGCUGAAGACAUUCAGUUGAAUUGUCGAGUAUUUCAAUGGCCUCAAGACAUUCAGAAAGUUUUUGAUAUGAGUCGUUUAAGAUUAUCAAACUCCCGAGAUAGUGCAGAAGAAGAUCUUCGGGCCAGAAUUGAUAAUUUUGAGAAAACAUUAAGUGGAAUUGGACAGGAAAUGGAUCAUUUCAAAAAGCAGGAGGGAGUUAGUCACGAGGAAAUGAUAGAGAAUGUAGAAUCUUUGAACCGUAUUUCAUCAAUGCUUAAGGAAGCCAAGCAAGAAUUAAUGAAUAUCAAUGAAGAAGAGAGUCUCCUUGGUUGGGAGAAAACCUUGUUCCCUGUACUUGAAGUAAUAGAGCAACAGAAGGAGCCGUAUGACAAACUUUGGAACACUGCCUUGAGUUUUUAUAACAGUUACAAACAGUGGUAUGAUGGUUCAUUUCAAAAACUCAAUGCAGAGGAGGUAAAAGAAGAAUUAGAGGCCAUGUGGCGUAAUGUUUAUAAACUCUCCAAAUCUUUUGCUGAUCAGCCAGCACCCAGGAGAGUUGCUGAGCAUCUGAGAGAUAAAAUUGAAUCAUUUAAGACAAAUGUUCCAGUUUUACAUAUUAUCUGUAAUCCAGGCCUGAGAUCACGUCACUGGAAAGUGAUUAGCAAUCUUGUAGGGUUCAGUAUUACCAUCCAGUCUAACACAUCGUUGUCCAACAUGGUAGAAUACGGAAUUGACAAGCACCUCUCUAAAUUAGAAGAUGUUGGAGCAACAGCUACUAAAGAAUAUUCUCUGGAGAAAGCUUUGGAGAAAAUGAAGAAUGAAUGGAAAGACAUAUGUUUUGAGUUUGUUCCAUACAGAGAAACAGGGGUUUCCAUUCUUUCAGCUGUUGAUGAUAUUCAAGCUCUCCUCGAUGAUCAUAUACUAAAAGUUCAGACCAUGAGGGGAUCUCCAUUUAUCAAACCUUUUGAAGAAGAAAUGAAAGAAUGGGAAGAAACGUUGGUAGUAGUACAGGAUGUUCUUGAUGCUUGGUUAAAGGUAUUUCUAGUAGUAGUACACGAUGUUCUUGAUGCUUGGUUAAAGGUAUUUCUAGUAGUAGUACACGAUGUUCUUGAUGCUUGGUUAAAGGUAUUUCUAGUAGUAGUACACGAUGUUCUUGAUGCUUGGUUAAAGGUAUUUCUAGUAGUAGUACACGAUGUUCUUGAUGCUUGGUUAAAGGUAUUUCUAGUAGUAGUACAGGAUGUUCUUGAUGCUUGGUUAAAGAGUAUAAUCUAUGAAUUAAUGUUUCUUGGAUUUGAGUUGCUUUUAUUUUAUUCCUUCGAGUAA